AAUCGAAAGACAGUUCAAGCAACAACUAGACAAGAAACUGAAAGAAAGAAAAUACCCAGAUGGCAAAAGCUUGUUUCAAGAUGGCAUUACUACUUUUUCUCAUGGCAUCAUACUGCAUGUCUCUCUCAAAGGCAUCAAUAGUAAUACAUGAAGGUAUCCCGUGUGCCUCUGAAGCUGAUUGCCGGAAAGUUCACUACUGCUAUGGCCAAGUUUAUUGUAUCCAAAACCACUGCGCCUGCCGAAUAGCAGAUCGAGAAAGACAAGAAGACUCUGCUCGAAUUAUGCAUAAAGAGACCUCCGUGCGACAAGAUGCUAGUAAAUGUCAGAACGACAAGGAUUGCAAAGCAAUUUGUCCCCCUAAUUGCAAAUCCACCAACUGUAUGAACGGCACAUGCUUCUGUAGUUGUUAGGCCAGCUUGAUGAAAGAAGAUGUAUUUAAUUGCACGAAUAAUUAAUAAUAGCUAAACGUCCUUUACUGCAAGAUGGAAGAUUAAAUAAUACUAAUGAUCGAUAGAAAAGAAAACAGCGAUAU